CCAUAUGCAGGUUUAAUUGUCGCAUUGAAAGUCAAGCACCCACCACCACGAUGGUUCGACUGGGUGUUUCGCAGAUCCUGGUGAUCCUCCUAGCCUGCAGUUACUAUAACCCCAUUAGCGCCGUGCGUUUGGCGCAGCUUAGUGAGGAUCAGCUGGAGUGGAUCUCGAAGGCGGAAGGAGUCAACUUCCAGAAUCGCGUUAUCAAUGGCGAGGAUGCGCAGUUGGGCGAGGCCAAGUACCAGAUAUCGUUGCAGGGAAUGUACGGAGGCCACAUAUGUGGCGGAUGCAUCAUCGACGAACGCCAUGUCCUGACGGCAGCCCACUGCGUAUAUGGCUAUAACCCCACCUACCUGCGAGUGAUCACAGGAACUGUGCAGUGGGAAAAGCCGGAUGCCAUCUAUUUCGUGGAGGAGCAUUGGAUUCACUGCAACUACAACAGUCCCGCUUACUACAAUGAUAUUGCCUUGAUUCGGCUGAACGAUACGAUCAAGUUCAAUGAGUACACUCAACCGGCUGAGCUGCCCACAGCUCCGCUGGAAAAUGGGACGCAGUUGCUCCUCACGGGCUGGGGCUCAACGGAACUCUGGGGCGAUACGCCCGAUAUACUCCAAAAGGCUUAUCUCACGCAUGUCGUCUACUCGACUUGCCAGGAGAUAAUGAACAACGAUCCGUCGAACGGUCCAUGCCAUAUCUGCACACUGACGACUGGUGGACAGGGAGCCUGCCAUGGCGAUUCCGGCGGUCCACUGACGCACAACGGAGUACUCUACGGCCUGGUCAAUUGGGGUUAUCCCUGUGCACUUGGAACUCCCGAUAGUCACGCCAACGUCUACUAUUAUCUGGAAUGGAUCAGAAGCAUGAUCUCGGGACCAUGUAGCAAAUGUCACUGCUAUGCCAGUAACUAUCCAAACCUGUGAUCCAAGAGGACGAUAUGCUGAGCAAGAUAUACAAUUUUGAUUAGGUAAGAAUGUACGGUGAUUAACUUGUGGAAAUAAAAUCAAUGGCAAAUUAACAAUAAGAAAAUCGUGUUAGUAUA